AUAAAGGAUCCACUAACUGUCUAUAGUAGCCUGCACAUGGCAUUUCUGUCAUCUUGACGGGGUGAACAUGUGUCCAUUUAAAAUGUGCUGAGCUUUAGUCUUCAUGCCUUUUAUGGAGCAUAAACUGAUGGAGGCCGAGGCCGCGUUCGACCGUUGGAGUUGUUUUCUUCAUGUAUCCUGAAUCUGAGGACAACUGAGAGGAGUCAGCAUCUCAAGACAGCCAUGCCAGUACUGGAGGUGAUCUGCAGCCUGAUUGGCUGGUUCUGUCUCUACCUGUUGUUCUGCUGCACCUUCGCUCACCGGAGUCCCGAGUGGAACUGUCGGCUGGUCACUUUGUCCCACGGGGUCCUGAUAGUGCUGCUCACAGCGUAUGUCGUCUUCAUAGACGGACCCUGGCCCUUCACACAUGCAGGCACAGAAAACACCGAGCUCCAGACCUUCGCCCUGGCUGUCUGCCUCGGCUACUUCUUCUUUGAUAUGUGCUGGUGUGUAUUCAACCAAACGGAGGGCCCUGUCAUGCUGGCGCACCACGCUGCGAGCAUCAUGGGCAUCCUGCUGGCUCUGCUCAUGGGAGUGUCAGGCUGCGAGACCUGUGGAGUUAUCUUCGGCAGCGAGAUCACCAACCCCCUGCUGCAGACCCGCUGGUUCCUCCGCCAGCUGGGCCUGUACGACAGCCUGCUGGGCGACGCGGUGGACCUCCUUUUUAUUUUACUGUUUGCCACUGUGCGCGUGGGAGUGGGCACGGUGAUGUUUUACUGUGAGAUCACCUCACCCAGGACCACGCUGAUCAUGAAGGUCGGCGGCGUGGUUAUGUACGGACUGGCCUGGGUGUUCAUGGUGGACAUUGCCAGAUUUGGCUACAAGAAAAGUAGGGCUAAGUAUAAAAAGUGGCUAGAGAACCACAAACUCAAAGAAAUCAACACACAAAAGCUGGAUUGAAGUUCAACUCCUCGCAGUUCUUGCAGGAACGGCUUACAGAGCUUGUGCCCUGCCUCUGUGCUACAUAAGUAAGCCUGUUUACAUAGGAUUGCUUUAUGGUACAAACCAGAAACAGGAGAUUUUACUUUAAUUGCGCACAUGAUGGGAUGUACGAAGUCCGAGCUGGGAUUGACAUUACACCCAAGCUGGAAAACCGAGCUCGAGCCAGGUCAGCCGUUGACCAUUGUUAGCAAUACCAGUUGAUUACAACGCAUUACGCUGCAUGUUGCUCAUACAAACAUGUCCGCAGACAGACAGUGUGUAUGACUGAUUUAAGGAAAAACAAAGGACAGAAGUGCUAAAAAAACAACUUUCACUUAGUUGGCAGUUCCUUACUGGUUUCCAACUGGGAACUUGGAAAUUCCGACUUCCCAGUUCAAAUGGAAAUACACCAUAAAGUUUCCAAAAAACAGAUUAGUUCAAUUAUUUUUAUUAUUAUUACAUUUAUAUAUGUCUGCUGUGAAAAAAAGGCUUAUUCUUCUACUACAGCACCGAGUCAAAUCAGCCAUCAAACUUUUG